UCUCAAAAUAAUUAAAACUUUAUACUUUGAAACGUGCACGUGUUUUGAAAAGAAAAAUAAACAACUGUAGUAAUCUAAUUUGAGAUUCAAAAUACUGUUAUAUUAGAAGGUAGUUUGUAACUGCGAUAUGGUAAUUGCUGAUAUGAUGAUUAAAUCAUCAGUUAAAGUCUCAGCCUCCGAUACAGAUUCAAGUGCUGAGGAUGCUUCAGAUCCAGAAUACGAGGCUGAAGUCUCUGAUGCUAAUAGUGGAAGUGAAGAUGAGCAAGAGCUUAGCAAUGAUGAGGUUUUAAUUAAAAAUGAAGGAUGGGCGGACUCCCUAGCAAAAAUUCUUGGUUCUACCAAGCCAAAAAAUAAAAAGACUUUAGUUUUAUCACGAGCAAAAAAACAUUCAGAAGUUAUUAAGCAAGUGAAGGAAGAAAAACCAAGUUUUGAAGUAGUAGGUGACAAUAUUGAUGAUAUAAAACCAGAGGUUAAACAAGAAGAGGAUACUACGGAGGAACCAGUUGCUAAGAAAAGGAAACAUGAAAAGCCAUCAAUAAGGGUAAAACCAAAUAUAUUAGAAAAGGACAGAGAAAGGUUAUUAACAAAAAUAGCCACUAAGGGUGUAGUACAACUAUUUAAUGCAGUUAGAAAUCAACAAAAAACAUUUGAAAAAGAAUUAGGUGAUGUUACUGAAACUAAAAGAGAGAAAGUAUUGAAAAAAUUUGAUAAAAGGUCAUUCUUAGAUUCUCUGAUGGGACAAACAAAAUCAAUUGUUGUUGAUGAAAGUACUAAAUCAACUAAGGAUGAAGUAAAAUCUGAAGAAAAACCAAAAUGGAAUGCACUAAGGGAUGACUUUAUGAUGGGUGCCAAAAUGAAAGAUUGGGAUAAGGAAUCAGUGGAGGAAUAAAAAUUUACUAAAUUUUUUGAAAUGUAUAAUAAUUUUAAUUAAAUUUGUUUUUAAAUAAA